CACAGUUGGCUCAUUGAAAGGAAGGCAAAGCACCACAAUGUCAAUAACAGUAUUGAAAUCAGCGUUUAAACUGAGGUCAAUCUGCAGAUUGCAAAGGAUACGAGGUCAUAUGAUGUCCAGUCAUGCUGGAUCUGAGGUUCUCUCAGAGAAAGUGGGUAAUGCUGGAGUCAUCACACUGAACCGACCCAAGGCCUUGAAUGCACUCAAUCUCCCCAUGAUCAGACACAUAUAUCCACAACUAAAGAAAUGGGACCAAGACUCAGAGAUCGAUCUUGUGAUCAUCAAAGGGGCAGGAGGAAAAGCUUUUUGUGCGGGUGGGGACAUCAGAGCUGUAACAGAUGCAGGAAAAGUAGGUGAUCCACUUGCUCAAGAUUUCUUCAGAGAGGAGUACAUACUGAACAAUGUGAUUGGUACAUAUACGAAGCCCUAUGUUGCCCUUAUUGAUGGAAUAACGAUGGGAGGAGGCGUUGGCCUGUCGGUUCACGGACGGUUUCGGGUGGCCACAGAGAAGACACUCUUCGCCAUGCCAGAGACUGCCAUAGGCCUGUUUCCUGACGUGGGGGGUGGCUACUUCCUGCCCCGGCUUCAAGGCCGACUGGGUCUCUUCCUGGCCCUGACCGGCUUUCGCCUCCGAGGCCGGGACGUGCUGCGGGCGGGCGUGGCCACACACUUUGUGGAGUCAGAGAAGAUUGGUGCCCUUGAGAAGGAUCUGGUUGACCUGAAGUCUCCCUCUAUGAGUGAUGUGGCUAAAGUGCUGGACUCAUACCAGCACCAGAGUGCACUGGAUGCAGACAAACCCUUUGCCCUUGAGCAGCACAUGGAAACAAUCAACAGGCUGUUUGAUGCUGGCAGUGUGGAGGGGAUCAUUAAGAAUCUGAAGAAGGAUGGCUCCCCAUUCGCUAAAAAGCAGGUGGAGACUCUUGCCAAAAUGUCUCCCACAUCCAUGAAGUUAACUCUCAAACAGCUGGAGCAUGGGGCCUCCAUGACCCUGCAGGAGGUGCUGGUUAUGGAGUACAGGCUGACCCAAGCCUGCAUGAAAGGUCAAGAUUUCUAUGAAGGAGUUAGAGCAGUUCUGAUUGACAAGGACCACAGCCCCAAGUGGAAACCAGGCACCCUGGAGGAAAUCUCCGAGCAGUCAGUGGAGGACGGCUUCAAGUCCCUGGGGGAACAUGACCUCAAGCUGUAGCACCAUUGUCCUGGCAGGCCCCCAGGGGUCUUUAUCGCGCAGGCUCUCCCACAUGCCACCCUCACCAUGGCCUUUUGUGGUAGUGGGCACGGAGUGCCACAGAGCCCUCUCCUGUGCUGAUGGUGGCAGCUCGGAAUGAGACACUACAGUAUGUGCCACAUGAUUGGCACACAUCCAUGCAGACUCACCACUCAGUGCUUUAUAUUUGAUUGAUACUAUUUGCUGAUGUUUUGUAAAAAAUAUAGAAAUGGAGUGUGUGGUCUGAUUUACUGAAUCUUUCUGUUUGCAUUCCUAUGUCCUCACUAAAGACUAUUUUCAAGGUAUCUGACAUGGUCUGAAAUAGAUGAACUAGUUCAAUGAACAGUUGAUGAACAGGCUUAAUAAAGAACUCUGCUUUA